AUGCUGCUGCUUCCCCCUCUGCUGCAGCAGCAACUGACGCCCCCACCCACGUUGAGAGGCAGCGCGAGGUUCCCUCGUUUGGCAGCUUUAUUUCGGAGCAUAACGCGUUCGCUGUUCAUCGGGGUGGACAUACACCUGGCGCCCGCAGAUGCAUGCGAUCUUUGUGACAUAGUUGAGCAGCUACUGCAGCAGUUUGAGGGGCUGCAGCAGCUGCUGUACGAGCGGCCUGCGCCCCCAAAGAAAGCAGCAGCAGCAGCAGCAGCAGCAGCAAGUGCUGCUGCAGACGCAGCGCUCCCGCCCGCAGGCGCGGAGCCCUUCGCGGGCCCCGCUGCUCCCGCAGCAGCGCCGCAGCAGCACCCGCUACAGCUGCAGCAGCUACACAUGCAAGGCUUUGCUGCUUCUGCGCCUCUGCAGGAUGUCCAGCAGCUGCAGCAGCAGCAGCAAAGACAAGACCCGUUCCUGCAGGGGCUGCAGCACGUGCCACCAGCGCUGCAGCAGCAGCAGCGCAACAAGAGGCGACGCAGUCUCGAGGAAACCGUAGUUUCAGUCGACAGCAGCAGCAGCAGCGACAGCAGCAGCCUCAGCAGCAGCAGCUUGAGCAGCAGCAGCAUCAGCUGCAGCACCACGGGGUUCACCACCAUGCGCAUGCAGCAGCAGCACGCAGAGCAACACCGGCAGCAACUGCAGCAGCAACAUCAGCAGCAACAGCAGGCGCUGCAGCAGGUCAUCAGCCCUCCGCAGCAGCAGCUCCACUGCCCACCGCAGCAGCAGCAGCAGCAGCAGCAGCAGCAGCUAGAAGAGGGGCCUCUUGAAGAAGAUGUUCUAGAAAUGCCUUCUGCAAGUCAGUACGGAGUGUCCCGGCCGUGGCAUUUGGAGUAUCGCAGGACUCGGUAA